GCGGGGGCCGCCCCCUCCCGGCGCAAACACAUACGCAGCGUGGGCAGAGCCGCGCCCGCCCGCGCCCUCCCUCCGAACAGCGCGCGCAGGCCCCAGCGCUGCGUGGGGCCGGGAGCCCGGCGCCUCUCUUUGCCUGGCUGCGCAAUCGCCGGGGCGGUCGAGCUCCUUCCGGCCGCUGGCACCUUGCGCGAGCGAACCUGCUGACAUGACUGAUCAUGGGGAUGAUGAGCUGUCCUCUAGGACAAGGAGUCCAGACGGGGAAGGUCGGGCCCCUGAGGAGAGAUCCUUGCUCCAUCAGAGUCUGGCAGUCAGGGAACUCAUCGACACCGAGGUCUCCUACUUGCACGUGCUCCAGCUCUGUGCCUCGGACAUUAGGAGCCACCUGCAGCAGCUGCCGCAGGGAGAUCUGGAUGUCCUGUUCUCAAAUAUCGAUGAUAUCAUCAAGGUGAACAGCAAAUUGCUUCAUGAUCUGCAGGAGACAGCCGCCAGGGAAGAGGAACAAGUGCAGCUGAUUGGCAACUUAUUCCUGGAAUUCCAAGAGGAGUUGGAGCAAGUCUAUAAAGUGUACUGUGCCAGCUACGAACAGGCCUUGCUGCUGGUGGAGACCUACCAGAAGGAGCCACGGCUGCAGGGGGAGAUCCAGGACACCAUUGAGGCAGUGCUGCCUCAAGCUGGACCCUCAGGCCUCAGUUUCUUGCUGGUAAUUCCUUUGCAGAGGAUUACCAAAUACCCAUUGCUGCUGCAGAAAAUUCUGGAGAACACACUCCCUGAUGCCAGUGCCUACCCUGUCCUUCAGAGGGCUACCUCUGCCCUCCAGGACGUGGUCACCAACAUCAAUGAGUACAAGAGGCGCAAAGAAGUGGCCUCCAAGUACACCAAGGUGGAGCAUCUGAGCCUCCGGGAGCGACUGGCCCGCAUCAAUAUGCACACCCUUUCCAAGAAGACCACCCGGCUGAGCCAGCUGCUGAAGCAGGAGGCGGGGCUCGUACCCAGGACAGAAGACAAGGAAUUUGAUGACUUAGAAGAGAGCUUCCACUGGGUGUCGCUGUGUGUGACCGAGCUGAAGAGCAAUGUGGCUGCUUACCUGGAUAAUUUGGAGGCUUUCCUCCGCUUCCGGCCCCAGGAAUACGAUCUGGACAUCCCUGGGGGGCCUGUGGUGCAGUACUGUUACCUGGCAAGAGACCUGCAGCUCCAGGCCUUCCCUGAGUUUAAGCAGCGGCUGGAAGCCCUGGUGUGGCAGCCAUUGUGCAGCCUGGCCAAAGCCUUGGCCGGCCCUCAGAAUCUGAUCAAGAAGCGUCUGGACAAACUACUGGACUUUGAGAGGGUGGAAGAGAAGCUGUUGGAGGUGGGCAGCAUGACCUAUGAGGAAGAGGCGGCCUGGCACAUGUAUGAGGCACUCAACUCCCUGCUAGUGGCUGAGCUCCCACAGUUUAAGCAGCUGGCCGUGCGGUGGCUGGGCCAGAUCCUGUGCACAUUUGUGACCCUCCAGAGGGACCUUGCAAAGCAAGUGCUGCAGAGGGCAGAGGGCAGCUUGGCCCAGCUUCCCCACCACCACAUCUCUGAUCCAGCCUUCAGGAAGCUGGUGGAGGAUGCACUGGGCCAGACCGGUCAUCAGCUUCACUCCAUUCAAGAGAACUUCGAGAAAGUGCUGUCAUCUCCCACCACACAACCACUCCUUCCAGGGGCUGAACGCCAGGUGCAGGCUCUCCUGAGCAGGUAUGGCCCGGGAAAGCUGUACCAGGUGACAAGCAACAUCAGUGGGGCUGGGACUCUGGACCUGACUUUGCCUCGGGGCCACAUCGUAGCCCUCCUUCAAGACAAGGACACCAAAGGCAACAGCAGCCGAUGGCUGGUGGACACUGGAGGUACAUGGGACUUCAUGGGCACUUCCCCGCCCUUUGGGAAAACUGUCCAACAGGAGCCAGUGGGGAAACAUGGGCACUCUUGUGGACAGGGGUCCAAAUCCAAGAUGGGAAUGAACACAG